UCAGUACUGGCAGUAAAUUUUGGAAGUCUGAGCAUAAGAUUGUCGUAACACUUACUUAGAGACUGAAGUUGUAGACAAGUUUUGUCUCUUAGAGACACAGCAAUAAGUUGUAUGUCAUACGUGAAAGCUUGUGCGUUACUUACGUCUACAACUUCAGUCUCCAAUUACGACAAUUCUUAUGCUCAGACCCGAACACAGCUAUAGACAGAGACGGCGGAGUUUGAGAGAGACGCUUGCAAAUUAAGCACAUCAUGUUAUCUUUUCCACUAUGGGUGUUUCCGAACGCAGCCGAUGUGAUGUUGGAACUAACCUAAAAUAUAUGCGAGAGAGAGAAAUUUGUGAAAUCAAUAUGUUAUCUCUUUAUUAUAUUUGGAAUUUACUUGAAUAUUGACAUAUAUGAGAAGAAAAGACAAAAUCAAGACUGGUGAUGGGAGAAAAAAAUUGGAAGGACUGGAGACCUUUCGUAUAUGGAGGUUUAGCUUCGAUUAUUGCAGAGUUGUGUACUUUUCCUUUAGACACGACAAAAACACGCUUGCAAGUACAAGGCCAGAAGUAUGAUGAAAAGCUUGCACGUUUAAAAUAUUCUGGCAUGAUUGAUGCUUUAAUGCAAAUAUCUAAACAAGAAGGAGUAAAAGGUUUAUAUUCUGGGAUUAGUUCUGCAAUUUUACGACAAGCAACAUAUGGAACUAUAAAGUUUGGAACUUACUAUUCACUCAAAAAAGCCGCAAUUGAUACUUGGGCAACAGGGGAUUUAGUCACAAUAAAUAUUGUUUGUGCAGCAUUAGCUGGAGCUAUAUCCAGUGCGAUUGCCAAUCCUACUGACGUAGUAAAAGUUCGUAUGCAAGUUACUGGCAAUGAAAUAAAUACAUCUCUGUUUACUUGUUUUCAAGAUGUAUACAAAUAUGAAGGAGUUCGUGGACUUUGGAGGGGUGUUGGACCUACUGCUCAACGAGCAGCUGUUAUUGCAGCUGUGGAAUUACCUAUAUAUGACUAUACCAAGAUUAAAUGUAUGAAUUUAUUGGGAAAUAGCGUUAGUAAUCAUUUUGUAUCUAGUUUUGUAGCUAGUAUGGGAAGUGCUGUAGCUUCAACGCCUAUAGACGUAAUUCGCACCCGAUUGAUGAAUCAAAAGAGAGUGCGCAUAGCUAAUAAGAAGUCUUCAUCAUACAUUUACAGUGGCAGUAUAGAUUGUUUGGUUCAGACGAUUAAAAAUGAAGGAGUUCUAGCACUAUACAAAGGUUUUAUUCCGACAUGGUUCAGGAUGGGACCGUGGAAUAUUAUAUUUUUUAUUACCUAUGAACAAUUGAAACAGUUAUGAUGCAUUGUCGACUAUAUUGAAUAUUU